AGGAUUAGUCCUGAAUUCGCCGGUUAAAUCAUUAUCAGCUUACAGGAUUCUACUUAAGGCUAGUAAAUGUUUAGUACGAGAAAGAAUACAACAUUACCGAAAUGAAAAACACCGCAUAUUUGCAAAAUCAGAGAUAGAACGUCAAAAAUUACAAGACACCAUAUCAAAUGAAGAUUACAGUUCCCUCCGAAAUAUACAGACAAAAUCCAACCUAAAAAUAGAUGAUGAAAUCAAAACUAGACAAACAAAGAAAUACAAGUCACUUAAAGCCCAGAAGACCAAGAAGACCACUACCAGAACUAGCUCCAAUGCUAGAGAUGAAUUCCUCUCCAAAACCGUCGUCAACCUCAGCAACCGUCCACUCACAGAUGAACAGAUCAACCUACUCUCUAGGGGUCUAAAGUACGCACCAACAUCUAAACCAAGGAAUCAUGAUGAGUACAUAGUAAAUAUAGAAAAGGGCCUCCGGCAAUUAGCUCCAGGUGGGAAGAUAGACUACAUAAGACACCAAAUAGCCGAACUCAUAGCGAAAUCCACUCCACAACCUAACAACAUCAGCAGACUAGAAAGGGAAGCCUUAAAGGAAUUAAAAGAAGAUAAAAACAUUACAAUUGUCCAAGCAGAUAAAGGUAAAGCAACGGUCAUUAUGGAUAAAGAUGAUUACCAGUUAACAGUGUCUAACUUAUUGAACGAUACUACCACAUAUCGCAGAAUAAGGAAAGACCCAACAAGCACAAUAAGUAAAGAACAUACCAAAACUCUAAACGAACUUAAAGAAAAGAAACAAAUAGACAACAAUCUUUUUUAUCAACUGCGACCUAACCAUCCCCGUCCACCUUAUGCUAGAGCCACCAUUAAAAUUCAUAAAGAUCCCAUUAAAGCUCGCUUACUAGUCUGCUCACGAGAUUCCGUCCACUACAACACAGCCCAACACCUCUCAAAACUCCUAUCAUCUCUAGGCAAGUCCGCUAAAUCCUUCAUCCGUGACUCAUCAGAAUUUUGUGACGAAAUCAAAAAUAUACAAAACCCAGGUAAAAUAGUUUCAUAUGAUGUUGUUGACCUAUUCACAAAUGUCCCCAGAUCUGAAGCUAUAGAAGUUCUCCGCCACCGCCUAGACAAACUUCAAUCACCUUUAAAUACUCAUCUCACCACAGACAGUAUAAUAAAAUUAGUAACAGACUGUGUCAACACCACCUACUUCACAUGGGGUGAUGAUUUAUACCAACAGAUACAUGGCCUACCGAUGGGGAGCCCCCUAUCUCCACUACUAACCGAAGUUUAUAUGACCUCCCUGGAAGAAAAAGCUCUACAGUCCUCACCAAUAACUCCUAUAUGCUAUUAUAGAAAGGUCGACGAUACGUUUGUAAUGCUGAAAGAAGAAGAUGACCCUAACUGCCUUCUACAACACCUAAACAACCAGCACCCUAGAAUCAAAUUUACGAUGGAGAAAGAAAACUGUGGAACCAUCCCCUUCCUAGAUGUCCUUGUGAAUAGAAAUGGCGGUACCAUCCAAACAAGUGUAUAUCGGAAGCCCACACACACCGAUCAAUACAUACAUUAUCAAUCUAACCAUCCCAUCAAAGUCAAAGCAGCUAUCAUUUCAACCCUCACCCACAGAGCCAAGAAAAUCUGCAAUCCUGAACUCCUCAAUAAAGAACUAGAACAUAUAAAACAUACAUUCUGCAACCUCAACCAAUAUCCUGAACAGUUAGUCAAGAAAGUCAUCAACACCGCUACCAGCAAUGAACCUAAACUAGCUAAGACUAAACAAGAUUCACAAAUUCGCAUCUCUAUACCAUUCCACAACAAGCUAUCCUACCAAAUCCGGAGGCUCCUUAAGCCAGCGGGAAUAGACACCAGCUUCUACACUGGUUCUACAAUAAAAGAUAUCCUCAGCGCAAAUGGUAAAUGCCGACCAACAAUACCUCUGCAACCAAAGGGAAGUGUUUACCAGAUUACCUGCUCCUGCAAGAAAUUUUACAUAGGUGAAAGUAAGCGUCCAUUAGAUAUCCGUCUCAAAGAGCACCAGUCUAAAGGCACCACCAAUGAAUCAGCUGUAUCAGAACACCUGAAAAACAACCCCCGCCACAGAGUGAACUGGUCAGCUGUAAAUACCCUUAAUAUCAACAUCAAUCAAAAGAAAACUAGAAAAUUAAUGGAGGGAGUACAAAUAAAGAGACAUCAACCAGAACUUAACAGAGACAGUGGUUUAUAUAUCCCCAGAGCCUAUGAUGAAUUAAUUAAAACAGACUAAAUUAAUAAUUAACAUAGACUUUACUUUCACAUAAAUUCUUAGUAUCUUUUACUCAGUUUAGCAGUUUAGUUUAAUGUAUUGUUACAUUAUAUGCAGCACAUAAUUAUUAUAGUACUUAUAAUUUAUAAAAACAAACAAUAAGAUAUUCAUUAAUUUUUUCUGUAACCUAUAAACACAUAAAUAUUAGCAUACAGUUUCACGGUUAGUAUUAUAAUUACUAGAGUUAAUAAAAUGGCCUCGCCUUUUAUCUAUUGUUAUGGUAAUUAAAAUACAUCAAGGCAAUAACCUUAUAUUAAUAAGUGGUUUCUACCUAGUGUACAUUACAAUUAAAUGCUUUUGUCAAUCUAUAUGGUUUCAUUAUAAGAACAAGGGUCACUGUUUUCCUAAUUAUGUUUUCAUUGAAUGUUGUGAUUGUACAUAGUAUAUAUAUCUCAUUCCUUCUAUCUGUAUCAGUAUUGUGCUUGAAAACGACAAGAGAAUCAUUGUUGAAACGUAGCUUUAAUAGAAAUAUAGUAAUUGUUAUCCAUAUAA